CUCCUGCACUUGUUUUCACAUUGUGAUAUACAUAUACAGGGACUGAACAGAAUGAGUUCACACCAAGGCACAAAUUUAAAAGCCAGACUUCUUCAGCUGGAAUGCCAUUUUACGUGGGGUCUGAGGAAAAAUGAUACAGAUCUCACUUAUCUUCUGACUAGGCUAGAAGAACAGCUUAACCUGAAUCUUGGUGGAGAGAUAGGACUUGCACGCACAUACAACUAUAUGGGAUUUGUAAAGUUUCUACUAGGCUCCAAUACUGAGGCACUUAGCUACUUUGAGAGAUCUGUAGAGCUCACCAAGUCUCAUGGAAAUGACUGUGAAAAGCUGUUUGUUGUUGCUUAUGGAGACCUUGCAUGGUUACAUUAUCACAUGGAUCAUUUUACAGAGUGUGAAAGCUACCUGAAUAAACUGAGUGAAAUUAAAGAGAAAUAUCCUAUUAUUCCAUAUGCUAAAGUGCUUGGAGAGAAGGGGUGGACUUUUCUUAAAUUUUCUCGCAAAUAUUAUCACAUGGCUAAAGUCUGCUUCAGUGAUGCCCUGAAAUUGGACCCUGAUGACAGUGAAUGGAAUGCCGCCCUUGCAAUUGUUCUUCAUCGGACAGAGCCUAAAUUCGAAGAUACACCAAAUUCAAAUGCAAUUGAUCAAUUAAGACGGGCCAUAGACACUAACCCAGAUGAUGAUGUUCUUAAGCUAUAUCUUGCUAUAAGGUUGUUAGGACAAAAGGAGUACAAGGAGGCAGAGAGCCUAGUAGAGAAAGCCCUAGAGCGGUCUCCAGAACACCCUCAUGUGCUACGAUAUGUUGGGCAGUAUUUCCGGUAUCAAGGCAUUGUGGACAGGUCCAUUGCUCUGCUAACGAAAACAUUGGAGAAAGUGUCCAGCAAAGCUUUUAUACAUCAUCAGCUUGCACACUGCUAUAAAAAAAAGAUCACAAAUCUGAAAAAAUCAGGAAGGCAACACUUAGAAAGUGGAGAAAUUUUGCAUGCUCAAGAGCAAUGCAUCUACCACUUGGAGACAGCAGUUAAAUUGAAUCCCUGCUUUGUUAUUGCUAUAAGUGAACUGGCCCUGCAGUAUGGAGAAAGUGGGAAUGUGCAUAAAGCAGAACAAACAUUCCAGGAUGCAUUUGAGGCAGCUAAAAUAAAGAGAGAUAACUACCACCCUGUUCUUCUGCGUUAUGCAGAAUUUCAGCAAUAUUGUAUGAGAUGUGAGCCUGCUGCCCUCAAACACUACAUAGAAUGUCUGAAGAUAAACCCAAAUUCAUAUGAAGGAAAGAGAUGUGCUGAAAACCUAGAGAAGAUUGCAAAGAGAAGAAUUGAGAACAACCCACAAGAUGGAGAAGCCUUCGGAAUACUUGGAAUCAUUCAUAAGGAAAAAGGGGAAAAACAACAAGCCAUAAAGUACUUUGAGGAAGCAUUGAGCUAUGUAGACAAUGAGGAUUACCUCGGUGAUCUUUGUGAACUUAGGCUUUCAUUACAGUAAUAUUGUAAUACUCAUUCUGUAAUUUUCCAAUGUGUAAUAUUAUACACAGCCAACUAUUUACUAAUUUAUGAAAUUUAAUGGUAAUGGUGUAUUAUCUGAAAUAAUGUAUGUAAUGUAUUUCUAUGUAUCACCAAGAAUUGAAAUGUAGUUGAAUUGUAAUAGUUAAUAGUAAUAGUUCAGUUCUAUAUUAGAUA